CUGUUGUUGUGCGGCUCGCGCUACACUGGCUGCUUGAUGUUGCAUGGCACAUCCCUCUCAAUGGUCACAUCAUAAGGCGAUAAACUGUUACUUGUAAGAAGUAAAAAAACUGACGUCCAAAGCCCAAGGAACGAAUAGAGGUUAUCGAUGGAUGAGCUGGGGGACCUGAACAGUGGGCAAAACGCUGCCCUCAUGUGGGUCUUCCUUCAAGCGGACAGUAGCGCCCCAGAGUUCAGUAAGGAGCUUCUCAGCCUCGGCAAGGAGUUGCAUUUUUCCAGGGACAUCAACUUUAAUCGCCCCUGUGAAGAAGAUCUUGACGAUGGAGACCUUGAAACUGACGGACACCUGCCCAUCAGAGCUGCUCUACAGGAUAUUCUGCCUUCAGUGGAACUGCAGUGGCCCAUGGGCCGGGCACAGGCAGCAGAUUUUCAGGAGUUAGCAGAAGAGCUGAGGGAAAUCGCCCACCAGCUUCAACAAAAUGUUGUGAAUCAGGCUACCCAGAACCUGAGCAGGAACAUGUCCAACACCCCCUCUGAACAGUGGACAGAGCACCUGAGCCGGGUGGUGCAGAGCGUGAUGCAGAGCGUGGGUCUGCAUCAUCUCUCACGGGAGAGAGUCAUGCUGGCCCUCACGUUCACCCUGGUGAAGGGGGUGUGUGCGCUGGCCCCUCAGCUGCUGAGAAGUCUGUUCGUCACCGUGCUGCAGUUCCUCAACCCCGCCAGGGCUACAGAGGAAAUGACUGAGAGACACACAGCGGAGGACAGCUGAACCUGAAACCAGUCGACUGUGAAAGGUGCUGAGUCGACCAUACAGUGAAAAACCACUUUUCAGAGGAAAGGGAAGUGACACUGAACUGUUUGAGUGUAUGCUCAUAUUUGAAAACGGGAAAUGAAAUGGACACUUUAAUUUUUCUUAACUUUGUGCUUUAAGUCUUAUUGUUUCCAAUUUUGCUAAAAUGUCUUUAUUUUUAUACUUGAAAUACAUUAUUAUUGUAUUUGAUUAUUUUGCUUUUGGUAUAUACAACAUGUAUGGCUAUUAUUUAGUGUGAUUUCAUGAAAUGUUUACAUUCCCGUUAUGAAUUUAAUUUAAUCAAAUGCUGUAAGAUUGUAUUUUAUGAUAAAAAAAAAUAAAUGUAUUGAUAU